AUGCCUCAGUUUGACGAAUCCAAGGCGUAUGUUGAGCAGGAAGACACCGUCUUUUUCGACGAUGGUCGAGAGAUUGAGCUUCUGCACUAUGUCUAUGGUCGAGACGACAUUGAUGAGCUGCGUGGCUCGCCGAAGCGCAUUCUACAGGCCAUCGAUGAGUUUGCUCGCACAAAGAAGUAUCUCAUGAAUGUUGGCGAGGACAAGGGCAAGAUUGUUACGGACCUGAUUGCUGAGGUGAAGCCCAAGGUCAUGGUUGAACUUGGUGGUUACGUGGGUUACUCGACUCUUCUCUUUGCCGACGCCGUGCGUUCCUCAGGUGGUUCACACUACUAUUCCCUCGAACGCAACCCCGAGUUUGCUGCCGUCAUCACCUCACUCAUUGACCUCGCGGGCCUACGCUCCGUCGCCAGCGUAAUCGUCGGUCCCAGCGACAAGUCCCUUUCACGCCUGCACGCAGACGGCACCCUCACCAAGAUCGACCUCAUGUUCUUGGACCACUACAAGCCCGCCUACCUCAGCGACCUCAAGCUUUGCGAGCGCCUCCGCCUCGUGGGACCAGGCACCGUUCUUGCGGCUGACAACGUCAUCAAGCCGGGUAACCCGCCGUACCUGGCCUACGUGCGGAGCAGCGUCGAGGAGAAGAGAGCGGGAUCAAAGAGCGCAGGUGGCUUUUUGGAUAAGACUAUUAAGCAGUAUGAGAAGAGGGAGGGGGAGGAGAAGUUGGAUGAGGCGGAGGGAGAUCCGAAUUUGGUGUAUGAGAGUCGGUUGAUCAACAGCUUUGAACCGACGGGUAUCCCAGAUGGUGUUGAAAUCACAAGAUGCACAGCCCGAGAGAAUUAG